GGAGAUCGCACAAAGCAAAGUGCUGACCUCCGAGUUACGAAGCUUCGAAAGGAAAAUAUGUGAGCUUCUUCCUCAAGCUGACAUUUUCACUGAAUCUCCAAAUAUGCCGAAUCUGGAAACAUCACAGUCUGGUCUGGCGCCAGCAUUGCCUCGCAAGGCAAGACUCACGCAAGCUGCUAUUGAUACGGAAAGUAAUUUCUCUCUUGGAACUUCUCUCACUAUUGAAGGUUCAACAUAUGCAUCGCCUGCACGAGCCGCAUUACCAAGCAACGGGUCUCGGAAUCUGUCGCUCGCUUCCCCGAUAUGUACUCCGACUGUUGGCGAAAAUUCCAUACCAAGUGACAUGUUCGACGAUGAUCUGACGAUUAGUGAUGAUGAAAAGCCGUUCACACGAAAUAUGGGUUCUCCAAUUCUUUCUGCUGCCGACUUGGAUGAAUUUGACAUUGAUGCGGACGAAGACGUGAUGCUUGAAGCUGCUGAACAUCUCGAAGGCAAUCGCCCUGCUCUGGCCGGUCAUUAUGAAAUUCAAGGACGCAAGGCGUUCUCUGAAGUGUCUGGAAACGCUGCUAGAAUGCCUUCGCCCAAGAAAUCAUCCACAGAGAAUGCACUGUGGCAUCAUCCAUGGUCGAAGGAUGUUAAAACUGUAUUGAGAGACCGUUUCCACCUACGCGGAUUUCGCCCUAAUCAGCUCGAAGCGAUAAAUGCAACUCUGGGUGGGAAAGAUACAUUUGUUCUCAUGCCAACUGGAGGAGGAAAGUCUUUGUGCUACCAAUUGCCCUCUGUUAUUACGAGUGGCUCGACAAGGGGGCUCACUAUCGUUGUAUCGCCGUUGUUGAGUCUCAUGCAGGACCAAGUUUUCCACCUUCGACGCCUUGGGAUCAAUGCAUCUGUCUUGAAUGGCGAAACCAGUGCAGAUGAGCGGAGAAGUAUACUGAACGCGCUCAGUGGCUGGGAUCCAGAUCUCAUGGAUUUACUAUACAUCACUCCAGAGAUGAUCAACAAGAAUCAAAAACUCAUUCGCAGCCUGGAACAGCUUCACCAGCGACGAAAAUUAGCCCGCAUCGUUAUUGACGAAGCUCAUUGUGUCAGCCAGUGGGGACACGACUUUCGCCCAGAUUACAAGGAAUUAGGUGAAUUAAGGCCUCGAUUUCUGGGCGUGCCAGUGAUGGCCUUAACCGCCACGGCUACUGAAAAUGUCAAGGUUGAUGUUAUUCACAAUCUCAACAUUGAAGGCUGCCAAAUAUUCUCGCAGAGUUUCAAUAGGCCCAAUUUAACAUACGAAGUGAUACAAAAGAAGGGAAUCGAACUUUUGGAGAGCAUAGCGGAUACUAUCAGCACUUCUUAUCGUGGGCAGUCUGGCAUAGUUUAUUGUCUCUCCCGAAAAGCCUGCGAGAAAGUUGCGGCAGAUCUCAGACAAAAGUACAGGAUCAAGGCUUCGCACUAUCACGCUGGCAUGACUUCAGACGAAAGAGCAAACGUUCAGCAGCAAUGGCAGUCUGGGAAAUGCCACGUGAUGGUAGCCACCAUCGCUUUUGGUAUGGGAAUCGAUAAGCCUGACGUCCGAUUCGUGAUCCAUCAUUCCCUGCCGAAAAGUCUGGAAGGGUACUAUCAGGAGACUGGCCGUGCUGGUCGAGAUGGUAAGCGCUCUGGAUGCUAUCUAUACUAUGGCUAUAAGGAUACCAUGGUCAUAAAGCGCAUGAUCGACAGCGGCGAAGGCAGUGCAGAGCAGAAAAGUCGACAACGCCAAAUGCUACGAAACGUCGUUCAGUUCUGCGAGAACAGGAGCGAUUGCCGAAGGGUGCAGAUUCUUGCAUAUUUCAACGAAUAUUUUCGUCGUGAGGAUUGCAACGCUUCUUGUGACAACUGCAAGUCAGAUUCUGUCUUCGAGCUCCGUGAUUACUCCGAAUAUGCGGCGGCAGCCGUUGCUCUUAUCCGACACCUCCAAUUUACACUCAAGGAAAGGGUGACCUUGUUAUAUUGUGUGGAUUUAUUUCGCGGAUUCACCUCGGGAAAAGUCAAGGCCCACCAUAAAAAACUACCAUGGUUUGGAAAGGGCUCGGGGUUUGACAAGGGAGAAACUGAACGUCUCUUUUACCAUCUAGUCACCGAAGAAGCUCUCCGUGAGGAGAAUGUUGUCAACGAAAGAAGCAAGUUUGCCACUCAAUACAUUAAGAUAGGCCGAAGGGCAGCCGAUUUCGAAAACGGCCGUCGCCAUUUGAAGCUUCACGUGCGUGUUUCGCCGAACGGAAAGAGUGCCAGGAGGUCCAGAACUAGCAAAGACGACUACCCACUGUCUACAAAUGUGUCGUCACCUAUACAGUCGGCAAAUCAACGUCGGCUAUCCCGUUUCCUACACCGUGAUGCACAAGAGGAAAGUUCGUCGGACGAUGAUCGGGAUAGUGAUGGUUUCGAACCUAUCCGCGAAGUGGGCAAACCACGCCGAGAGAGGAAGCGCGAAUUAGGUCCACCUAUAACGGACGAUGAAAAACUCAAGAGCCUCGACAGUUUACAUAUGAUGGUUGUGGAGGACUUCAUGAGCUAUGCGAAGAGGGAGUGUCAAGAUAUAAUGAUGCGGAAGAGCCUUCGUAACCAGCCAUUCCCAGAUGGCAUCCUGCGAGAUAUGGCUAUCCGAUUUCCCAAAAACAAGGAUGAACUUCUCGCAAUUCCUGGCAUUGAUCAUGAUAAAGUCGAGCGCUAUGGAGCUCAAUUCUUGAAACUUGUUAGAGACGCACAUCGGCGUUAUGAAGAAUUGCGGAGGGACGGAAACGACAAUGUUACUGGCAUUGUCCCAGAUCCAAAUCACACGAACGUUAUAACCCUCAGUGAUGACGAUGAGUAUGCCGAUGGCGAUGAACUCUUCACGGAUGGUGCAUCAUUCCUCAACCAGGACGAGCCACCUGUAUCGAGUCGGUACUUCCCUGCUCAGAACUCUGCAGUAGACGGCUCACCUGAUAACUUUGAACCUGGUCCCUCACGGCAUGCUAAUACUAAAGCUCGCAAACAUUACACUAACAAGCGGCAGCCGCGCCGCAAGCCAGCGGGUAGCUCGGCUCCCAAGUCCAGAACCACGAAAGCGCGAACGAAGUCCCGCGAUGGUGGCACUGGUAGGUCAUCCUCUCACAAAGGUUCACGUAAAGCCUUACAGAGAACGAAGACAUCGCUCGCAUCCAUUGAAAUGAUGCCUCCUUGAUAGGUGGAUUAACGGCCCAGUAAAUCGAAUGCUCGUUGGUUAAUCAAAUGGGACAAAGGCAAGAAUCAAUUUCAUUAUUUAAUGUCGAUGGUCUAUUCUGCAUUCCUAGGCGUUUUAGGCGAAGGUAUUGUUGGUUCUGGCGAAUAUUUGCAUCUGUACGCUAUAUAUACCCAUGGCAGACAUGCAUUCUAGUAUCGAUACUGGGCAUGGCUCAAUGUUAGAAUAAUGACCAUCAGAAAUUUCUCCCGUACGACAGUGAUGUUAAAGGGACCCUUGCAUGUAUAGUGCCAGCAAGUACUAAGAGAUAAG